AUGGCGAAUACAGCUGAAGGGAGUGCAGGGUGGUAUGUGAUUGAUCUGCAGAAGAAGUAUCGAGUGUUGUACGUCAUCAUGUAUCCUUAUAGUGGGAAUCGUGUCAAUGGUUAUUCAGUGGGACUAACAAACAACUUCAACUCUGCUACCAACGGGCCAUUAAACAAAAAUGAACUCUGUGCUACUUCUACCAAACAAUUCCAAUCAUUUGACCCUGAGACAUUGUAUUGUAAGAAACCGUACUUGAGAUCCAGGUAUGUUAUGUUUCAACAGGGUAUUACUAAUGGGCAGUUUAGUGUAGACGAGUUGGAAGUCUAUGGAUCAGAGAUAUACGACGACAAGCAUCUGGGUUGCUAUUCAAACAUUGAGGGCACACACAAGUUGGACGUGGCGGCUGUUGAACAAUGUUCCACACAAUGUACUGCAUACCAGUUCUUUGUUAUAAAGAACGGCAAAGAAUGUUCAUGUCUGAAUUAUACCUCACUACCUUCACCACUGAUAUCCUCUCCACUAUCCAACUGCAACUUAACAUGCUCAGACGAUGGUUACAUGUGUGGUGGCUUCAGUUACUACUCUCUCUAUAGCGUGAAAGAUUGUGCGCUAAAUGCUGCUCCAGCUUCUUCAACCUUAUCUUUUCAGUUGAAUUUGUUGUCAUCUGGUCAAUGCAUCAUAACCACUCACUGUUCUGCUGGAGCAACUGCUGGCUCCGACGUUUGUCCAUCUCAAAGUUGUGUGACUGGAUGGAAUGGUGACGUCUGUGAUGACAGAGCUUUAUCAAACUCUGGUUGCGUUAAAUUUUGUUCAGACUGCAGCGUUAACAGUGGCUCAUGUGGCAUCCACACGUGUGUGUCUGUUACAACUGGUGGUACCAACACCAUGUCUGAAUGCAAGUGUAUGGAGGGGUACUACAAAACCACCUACAGAGAAGACUGCAAAGAUUUGAACGAGUGCAUGUACCCUUCGUUGAACAAAUGUGACAACGCAACAACCUCCUGUUCAAAUACUGCUGGAUCAUACGAAUGUGCAUGUCUUAGUGGAUAUGAGAAAAAAUCAGACAUAUAUAGCUGUCAAGAAAUAGACGAAUGCUUGACGACAUGCAAGCAAGAGUUUGAGUCAUGUUUCAACACAGUUGGAUCACACUCAUGCGAGUGCAUAUCUGGUUACGAAAGAGACAAUAAGGAUACUUGCAUAGUUUUCAGUUCAUCAAAGUCAGCCAUCAUUGGAGGAGUGGUUGGAGGGUCGUUGGGUCUCAUUGUCAUCAUUGGUCUGACAGUUGCAUUUGUGGGAAAAACAAUUUUGAAUAAAUUAAUUUCAAAUUUAUCUUUUCAUCUUCUCAAAGUAAAGAAAAAAUCCGACAGGAUUAAACUAGACAGACUAGAAGGAUUUUAUAAGGAACAUUCAAGCGCCAUUCAAAAACAAUUCAAACAAAUUCCACUCAUAAACCCUGACGAACCAUGUGAACAUGCCCUCAAAGCAAAUGGAGAUCAUACCAGCAACACAGAUUAUUCCACACUUCCAUACCACAAAUUACUUCAUAAUUACUGUCCUUUGUAUUACUUUCAAGAUCCACAGGCAGACACGGUGAGCAACUUCUGGAGGAUGAUUGUCGAGAUUGGAAUCAAAGUCAUCGUAAUGUUCGGAUCGCCUGAGGAAUAUGCAAAUGUAUAA